UUGAGUAUUGUCAAACUUACUCAAGGGUUCUAUUUCAUUGACACCUUCAAGCUUCUCAACAAGGGAGAAAACCCGCCGCGAGAAUUACACUCUCUAGCGCCAUUCAUCGAUCCAUCCGGUUCUCUCAGGGUGGGCGGACGUCUCAAACGAUCCUGUCUUCCGUAUGACAGCCGUCAUCCACUGCUUCAGGCCGUGGAGCUUCCUCUAAAUGACUCCACCUCAAAUCGACAACGUUGGACUCACCUGCGUCAAUUAGUACAGUCGUUCUGGCGUCGAUGGAAAUCUGAGUAUCUACAAACACUCAUUCAACGAAAUAAGUGGAAAACUCCAACAGAAAACAUCAAAGUUGGACAAAUUGUGCUUAUAAAACAUUUGAACACUGCACCUACAUUAUGGCCUAUUGGUAAAAUUGAGAAAGUAUUUCCUGGACAAGACAAAAUAAUAAGAGUAGCGUUAAUCCGCACAGCCGGCGGUACGCUCAUCCGACCUGUGAACAAACUUAUAGUGUUGCCAGUAGUCUAAAUCUCGGCAGCCCCUUCUGAACUUUGUGUAAAUUUUCUAUUAUCGUCUACCCCGCUUCGUGUAACAAUCAUAUAUGUAACAGUCUCUUUGUGUGCAUCGUAUGUGUGAUAUCCGCUUCGUAUUUAUAUGUGCUAAAUCUCAAAUAAACAAUUACAUUUCCUCGAUAAAACUCCGAUGUAGUUUUAGGUGGGCGGUUGGUAAAGACAGUUAUCGUGAUUUCCUUCCUUACCCCCACCCCUCCCUCUUCAUCGUAGAAGGAAGCAGCCAAAGGCAGUUUCCCCCUCCAGCUUCAGUUGGCAUGAAGUACUCGAGGCUACAACAUCGUUACUACUUUGAAGCCCCGGUUUCAAUUGCAGUUUUCUUCAGUUUUUCAAGUGGGUAUGAAGCUUUACACAGUCAUUCUGGAGAAACGCUUACGCAGGGUGGUGGAACAGGAUAUGGAAGAGGAACAAGCGGCGUUCAGACCAGACGAAUCUCUGGAUGACUAUGGAAGCAGCCACUGCAAUUGUUUGCCAGCUUGCACUGAGCUGUCUUACGAAGUGGAUUCUUUCACGACGCCACGCAAUUUUCAAUACUUUAAUCUCACUAGCAGAAUGAUGCCUGGCAAUAUAGUGAAUGUUGAAGCCUUCUUCGAGACCAAGAGCGUCACAAAUCUUCAGAGAGUAGGAAUUGUGACAGACGCCGAUUUUAUAGCGAAUAUCGGAGGAUUGAUGGGCCUGUUCCUGGGUUUCAGUUUCAUCAGUGUAUUUGAGGCAAUCUAUCUAUACAUAAUUCGAUGGAUCACAAAUAGAUGGAGAGCAAGUCUAUGAAUUCAGACCCUGCAUCUUCAGUGAACGAACAACUUUUUACUAUUCUAUUACAGUACUGCAUUUAUUGUUAAGUAAUAAUACCGUACUAAUGCACAAAUUAAAUUUUAAAGCUUUCAAAUUAGAGGUAGCAGUUUGAUUUUAAUCUAAUAGGAUAUCUAGUGAGAACA